AUUCACGGACGACUAAUUGGUUCCUAAUGAGUUCUCCCUUCCCCACACUGUUCAUAUGCCUGAGUUACGUGUACAUAGUCAAAGUUAUAGGGCCAAAACUCAUGGAGAAUCGAAAGCCAUUUCAACUUAAAAAUGUCCUGAUUGCGUACAACUUAAUUCAAGUUAUUUUCUCAACAUGGCUAUUUUACGAGAGUCUGAUGGGUGGCUGGUGGGGACACUAUAGUUUUCGCUGUCAACCAGUCGACUAUUCCAACAGUCCAACAGCGAUAAGGAUAUCAAUGGCCGGAUGGCUGACAGGGGACUAUUCCUUAAGGUGUCAACCAGUAGACUACAGCGACCGACCCCAAGUACUGAGGGUGGGUGUCCUGCAAUCACUGAUUUCUAAUAAUUAUUGCAAAAUAAAUAUUUACAUUUUCACAAUUCAACCUCGCAUCAUGAAAAAUUCACAUGCCACUGUGCCAUCAAUUUUCAUAAAUAUCCACCAAUGUAACGACAUCGAUUUAUUAUUUCACCGUGUGCAUUCCAUUUUCCAGAUAUUCUUUGUACUUAGAAAAAAGAAUAACCACGUGUCGACCCUCCACGUGAUUCAUCAUGGAUGCAUGCCAAUGUCCGUUUGGUUCGGUGUGAAAUUCACUCCAGGUGGUCAUUCAACAUUCUUCGGUCUAUUGAACACCUUCGUCCACAUAAUAAUGUACGGAUACUAUCUCCUAGCUGCUCUCGGGCCCCAGAUGCAGCCGUAUCUCUGGUGGAAGAAAUAUCUAACUGCCCUCCAGAUGAUUCAAUUCGUAGCAAUAAUGAUUCAUGCAUUCCAACUUCUCUUCAUUGAGUGCAAUUAUCCAAAAGCCUUCGUAUGGUGGAUUGGCCUUCACGCUGUCAUGUUCUUCUUCCUGUUCAACGAGUUUUACAAAGAAUCGUAUGCACACAGUAAAAAUUCAAAGAGUAGGGCAAAAAGUGCUGCUAUGGCUGCCGUUACUGCAGCAACUGGUGCAUGCAUGGCAAAUGGUCUGCCAAAUAGUAAACAAAAUGGCACUGAGAUUAAGAGGCGAGAUGCCGCUGAUUACUACGUCAAGGGUGAGAGCAUUGCUGCCAGCGAAUUGCAUCUUCGUAAACCAUACAGCUCAGCAGAGUGACCUUAUUUCAUUGUUGUAAUAAUAAUCAUCAUUUUAUCUCAAGAUCAUUUGAUCAAAUAUCUCUUUUACGAACAACUCUUUUUCGAACAAAAUGCCCUCGAGAGAUACUCUUCAAACAAAUUAUCUUAGGUCUUGUUUCAUCUGAUCAACACUCCAAUGUUAUUGUUUUUAUCGACGAAGUGGAGGAUUAUUAUCAGUCUCGAAUUGAGAACAUCGCCAGAGACUUCCUUAUUACUUCCUCAUUUUACUUGCCACGUUAUACACAUUUUCUUCAAUGCACAAAGCGAUCGGGGGGUGGGACGAUUGAUGAUCUUUAUAAUGAUGAUGAAAUAUUGUGGAAAAUAAAUAUUGUACAUAGGUAGAUAUAAUUUUUUACUGUUUUCAGUGAAAAUGACAUAGUAUAGGCUCAACGAUGCUCAAUAAUGGCAUUAGACAACGUGUAUGAGUCCUCGCAAUGCCUUCAACAAGUGUUAAUUUAUGAAAACAUUUUAUUGGGAGUUAUUCCUAAUUUUUUUUUCUGGUAGAAAUAUAUUUGAAUAACGUGGAGUCGUUUGGUUGGGGAGGCCGAUAUACAUAAAUCAAUUUUGUCAGCGGCACUUGUACAUAUGUAAACGUUUAAAUUUAACGUCCAACGUCUACCAAAUUUGGGAUAUAAUUGGGGAAUUUUUUUUCUUCUUUGUUUAGAUUGUCUUUUUUCUAGAGAAUGAUGAGGAACUGGUGUUUUCGUUGUGUCGUUCCUAUGUACUUUUUUAAAACAAUCCCGAAGAUGUCUAUGUUUGUUUUCUAGGAUAUUUUUUUGGGUCAAGUCAUGUAUAAGUAGGCGAUCAAUAAAAAGGAAUUUUUUAAGGAA